GGUUGGUGGGAAAACGUGGAGAAGAGGUGUGUGUGGUGCGGGUCUGUGUGUGUGCGGGAAGAAGGAGCGCAGAGGGGUUUGAGGGCGCUUUGGAGAAAUGGAGAAGCGGUGGAGCAGUGAAAGACUUUUCAAAAAAGAAAAAAGAAAUGCGCAGACUGGUGUUGGAUGAAAGUGGCAACGGGCUGUGACCACGCACGUAUAAGAAAAAUGACUCUUCCUGCACCCAAUUUAAUUUUUCAAUUAAAAAUUAAAAAUUUUAAAUCUGAUUUCCGUUGCCACGUAAGCUGGUCAUCAAAGUGGUAAUUUUGGAGUGUCAUUCUAUCAUUAUUCUUUCCGAAAUAGAUAAUAAAAUAAAAUGAAAUUAAUUUCACUUGGGAGUGACUGAAAGAAGAUGGCAGCGGUGCGGCUGGUGGCGUUGCGGCUGCGCGUGGUUCCGGUGGCGGCAUACCUCCUUCGAAACGCCGUCGUAAUGGGCGGAGACCUUCGCAGCAGCACCAACACGAGCAUGAGCGGAAUGGCUGGGAAGAGGAUGAGCUCUGGUUCGGGAUGGUUGAUGGGCGGAGCAUUGAAGUUACCGAAAAUUGUGAAAGCCGGAGAGCCGGUUCUGCACGAACGAGCCAAAGAAGUUGAGGCGUCGGAGAUGAAAUCCGAGAGAGUGCAGAAGAUCAUCGACGACAUGAUCCGCGUCAUGCGAAAGGCACCUGGAGUUGGCCUCGCUGCUCCACAGAUUGGAAUUCCUCUUAGGAUAAUUGUUUUGGAAGAUAAAGAAGAAUAUAUGGGUUAUGACGAUGGGGAAACACUCAAAGAACAAGAUAGAAGACCUUUUCAUCUUUUGGUGAUAUUGAAUCCUAAGCUCAAGAAGAAGUCCAAUAGGACUGCACUCUUUUUUGAAGGAUGCUUGAGUGUUUCUGGGUACGCUGUGGUAGAACGAUACCUUGAUGUUGAGGUUGAAGGUUUUGAUCGUCACGGGGAACCCGUAAAAAUAAAUGCUACUGGUUGGCAGGCUCGGAUUUUACAGCAUGAGUGUGAUCACUUGGAUGGAACACUGUAUGUUGAUAAGAUGGUACCUAGAACUUUCAGAGUUCCAGAAAACAGUUCUAAGCCUCUUGCCCGUGGCUGCCCAAAACUUGGCCCUCGCUAACGCAGUUGCUUGCCGGAGCUUGAAGUUGAAACAGCUUUUUAUGAGCUCAUCAACACAAAUUUCAUGUGCAUGUCAGUGAAAAGUUGUCACUAAUAGAUCUUAGCAUGUAGUCCAGAUGCAUUGAGUUAGAAAUAUUUAGAGUUUGGGAGUAACUAAGUUUCACUCACUUUUCAGUGUUAUAAUUGAAUUUUGCCUUUCUGUUUGAUCAGUUCACUUCAUACAAGUUUCAAUAUCAUGAUAUUGAUUAUACAACGAAUCUUCUGGGGUAUAUACCAUAAACAUGCUAGGUGUUUUUGUUUUGAGAUAUAAAGUUGUAUGUUUAUUAUUA